AUGGAGGCAGUCAGUGUCCUCGAUGCUCAGCAGCAGGAUUCUUGUCACAGCGGAAUUGCGAAACUGCCAACAGAGCUGCUCUAUCAUGUCAUACGCUUGGCAGCGUCUACCGAUCACAAGACUGCACUCGCUUGCGCCUUCGUCUCCAAGCUGGUCUGCAGGUGGACCGCACCCGACCGGUGGAGAACCAUCAUUUGCACAAGCACUCGACAGAUCCAAGCCUUGUGGCAGCUCCUAGAGUUCUCCACACGACGUCACCCUUACCAUGGCUUCACAUCCCUGCCUGGUCGUCAGCCCGGCGCAUUCGUCGAGAACCUCUUCAUCGACACGUCUGCUUCUGAGCACGAGCUCAAGGACCUCGUAUCAGAGUUGUUUGAAAAAGAUUCACGUCUCGAACCCGCCUGCUCGAAUCUGGGUGCGCACAACGGGCUGACGUACAGUGCUCAGCACCACCCGCAUGGUGUGAACGAUAUUCUUCGGCAUUUUCAGCACGUCAACUACUUGGCCUUGGGACCACAAGAGUCAUGGCUGCGACUCGACGCUGUUUCUCCCGUCAAGGUUCUCUUCGCACGUGAAGGUGAAUCCGACCUGAUCCAUUCUAUAGAUCAAAUGGGCCCGCACCUCAGCAACGAUCCCCAAGACCCGCCGCAUGUCGACGAUGCCCUUUGGCGUGCAGACGGCUCGGGCAUCUGGAGGCCAUCUCUAGAGACGUUUCGAAGGAGGCUCACCUGCGUCCAUUUCGUAGCUGUAGAUCCACAAAGCAAGUUGUCGGGCGUGAGAAUGCCGGUGAGAGAGAUCGAAGCGUUGCGUGCGGGAAGCUUUGCGCAUCCGUCCCUCGUUCGGCGUGUUGCUGAUCACGAGGCAGGCGGGUCUCCACCUCGUCUGAGCCACCGCGAUCAGCAAGAGGCUGCCGAGUCCAGGUGGUAUAUUUGGCCGGCGGAAGAUCCGAAGGGAGAACGUCGCUACAUUCGCGGGAGCGAUUCGUUGCAUUCGCGGUCGGCAGUCUUGCGACCAGAGGGCAGUGUCCCAUCGCAGAUCAAUGAUAGCAGCCUCGAUCUACAUCCGUUCGACAACCCGUACAGUCGCAUUACGCCUGCAUUUUGGAACGACUUUCAGCAAGGCGUCACAAAUGUCCGCUACGACACUCGCAAAUUUGCCUUUCGCCCUUGCGAGAUCACCGCGAGCAAACUCAGACCGUUCAUGGAGGAGCUCACGACCACGGGCGUCGCUCCCCCAGCAACGGAUGAUGGCGCAUCAACGAGCACGACUGCGUCUUUCACGCACAGUGGUCCACGACACGCGGCCCCGCACAGAGGUGCUGGUCAUUUCUCCAAGCCUGUCCGGGGUGAACAGCAUGACAAGGCUGCCCUGACACCUAAACAAGCAGCCUUGAAGACCUUUGGCUGCAACAAGUUUCAAACACUCCACCUAUGCUGGGACCCUAUGCCGGACACGAACGAUUCUACUGACGGUGUUCGAAACGGCGCGGGCGUGAACGGAGAGACCGACUGGCCGGUCGAACGGCAGGAUAUCUGGACCAACACUUCGUCGCAGAACAACAAAGCGCAAGCGCUGCCACCACAUACGGUUCAAGCACGAGCUGCUGCAUCGUCUAGCGCUGCAAACAAGGUUAACCUUUUAGAGCGAUCUGACAAUCCGCGCAGGUCGUGGAUCAUCCCAAGCUCGAUCGAGUCCAAGCAGUCGAAAGCCUUCCGCGCCGACAUGAUCGACUCGAUCCGCACCACCAUCGGCUGGACUCGGCAGGACCAGCUGCUGCUGAGCGAUACACCUUGGCUAUCGCGCGGUUCCAACUUGGCCCAACGCCUCGACGGCGAAGACAGACUGCACCGACUCGAGAGUCUCGUUUCCGAGAUUGCCUAUCAGCAGAUCUCCUCGGAAGCCGGUACGAGCUCUGGAUUCGUCAGCUGCAGCAAUGGCGUCGGAUCGGGUGAGAAGUUGAAGAUCCGCAUGGUGCCGCCCGCCGAGAGACUCAGACUCGGCGGCAUGUACGUGCCCUACACCAAGGCACAGCGUGUACAGUGGUUCUUGGACAACCUGGAUUCGGAUGACGCUUAG